CACAAGCUCAAGCUCAAGGAACGCUUUCUCUGCUCUGUCCCCUCGUGUUGAAAUUCAGCAGCUCAAAGAGGGCUGACAUUAUAUUACAAAUUUUGCAACAUUAUGGAUAUUUAAUAUAGGAAUUAUUUAUUGGAGAAGGUUUUAAACUAGUUCAAGUCAAAAUGGACGCGGUUAGAAUGUUCAAUAAUGAGCUUUCUAGCGUGUACGAGUGCAAGCCACCCAUCUCCAGGGCUAAGAUGACUGCUGUCACCAAAUCGGCAAUCAAAUCAAUUAAGCUAUACAAACAUGUUGUACAAAGUGUGGAAAAAUUUAUUCAAAAGUGUCGACCUGAAUACAAAGUACCCGGUCUGUACGUCAUUGAUUCGAUUGUGCGUCAGUCAAGGCACCAGUUUGGUGCUGAGAAGGAUGUGUUUGCUCCAAGGUUCGCUAAGAAUAUCUUCAACACCUUCCAGCACUUGUUCAAGUGCCCACAAGAUGAUAAAGCUAAGAUCGUCAGAGUUCUGAAUCUAUGGCAGAAAAAUGGGGUGUUUACAGCAGAGACUGUGCAGCCUCUAUUAGACAUGGCUAAUCCAGAAAAUGCUACUCCUGAGCCAGUGGUGGCGCCAGUCAAGACAGAGAAGCCGGCCUCAUCAUCUUCAUCCUCCUCCUCCAAGCCUCCAGUUGAGAGCAAGCCAGAUUUGGAUGAAAAUUCUAUGGGACUUGUUAACCAGAUUAUUCAACAAGCUAAGCAAAAAGAAGAACAACAAAACCAGCUGCAGCAGCAACAAAACCAGCUGCAGCAUCUGCAGCAACUGCAGCAGCAACUAGAGAAUCACACCAAAGUGAUGAAUAAAGCAAAGCAGGUACAGACCCCAGCGGGACUCGACCCUGAAAUGAUUGCACAGAUACAGCAACUGGCUGCACAACUGACUGAGGUGACAAGCCAGGUGGGGGCGGUGGUUGCCAAGGCACCGCCAGAGACAGACCAGAAUCCACCAGUUGCUUUCAACAAAUCUUUGCUAGAUGACUUUGACUAUGAGGAUGAUGACAAGCCAUCACAUUCUGCAACCAAGCAUGAACCACAGGAAUCUAUAAACCAGUAUCCAAGUUACGGUGUGCAGAAAGGAGUGGAGGUGAAUCCACAGAUGAACAAUGUGGGGCAUCCACCACCCGACCCCCAUGCCUACAACCACCAUCUCAUACAGCAGCAGGAAGCGUUCAAUAGGGAGAUACAACAACAGCCUCCAGAGCCGUCCGUUCAAAAUAUGGAGAUGGAGCCAGAAGAUCUAAAUAUGGAAAUGGUAGAAGAAAGCCGGUCUCCCAGAAGGAGGAGCCGUACAAGAUCAAGAUCACGCUCUCCCAAAAGACGAAGGUCCCGUUCAAGAUCUCACUCAAGAAGUCACAAACGUAGGCGAUCACGCUCACGGAGCAGAUCGAGAAGAUCAAGACGAUCACGCUCGAGAGACAGGCGCGAGAGAAGGAAGGAAAGAGAAAAGGAGAAAGAGAUUCAAAGGGAGAGGGAGAAGAAAGGACUUCCACCAAUCAGAAAAGAGUAUUUGAGUGUGUGUACAAGAACAGUGUGGCUGGGUCACGUACCAAAAAAUAUACCUGAAAGUGAGAUCCGAAAUUUGAUGGAAGAACACGGCAUAGUUAAUUCUAUCGAUAUGGUUCCCCCUCGUGGAUGUGCAUAUGUAGUGAUGGCUGAGAGGAAGGAAGCCUACAAAGCAAUCAAGAGGAUGGAAAAAGUAAAACUUGGUGGAAUGACCCUCAAGGUGGCAUUUGCACCUGGGAAAGGUGUGAAGGGCAAGGAGUACAAGGAGCACUGGAUUGUCGAUAAAGGUGUGACAUACAUCCCUUGGGAAAGAGUCCGAGAUGAUAUGGAUCUGGAUGACAUCGCUGAGGGUGGUGUACUUGAUCCUGAAACCAUACCGCCAGAACUUAAAAAAGAAGUGGCUCCUGCAGAAAGUAAUGAACAAGUUGAUGAUAACAAACCUCCUAGUACAGAUAAUAAUCCUGCAUUGCCUACCAUUCAAGGCCUUUCAGCACCAGCUCAACCAAUUCCUGGCUUACCAACAGCAGGAGCUAUACCCAGUUUGGUAGCCAGUGUACCAAUUGGUGGGGCACCUGCACCAGUGCCACCUGUUGGAACAACUACCGCAUCACAUCCUCCAGUUCCGCUUCCAGACAAGCCACCAACUUUUCCUCCUGCUGGGUUCCAUCAACUACCCACUUUUAAUCCCAGAUUGCCACCUCCCGGAUUCCAGUUUCCUGCUGGAUUUGAUACCAGUCGUCCCCCACCCCAGCUACCAAUCCGGGGAAUUCUACCAGGUGGUAUUCCACCAGGUGGUAUUCAACAGCCUGUUAGCCAAGCACCACCAGCUGGCCAAUUGGGUGACCCAAAGACAGGCGGAGACUCUACUCCACAAGUUGAACCUAGUAAGGUUCUGGUUAUCCCUGGAUUUCAAGCUAUGCAUCAACACCCACCAGGUUUGCCAAGACCACAGUUUCUUCAACCUGGACAACCUGCACCCAGAAUUGGAUUUGUACCAUUUCGUCUGCCACCUAGAAUGGGGCAACCUGGAGGACCAGUUCAGGAUGGAGUUCAUACUGCAGUACCAGGUCUUCUGGGCCUUGCUCCUGGACAGCCGAAUCUUCCGUCUCAAGCACAUUCACGUGAGCGACCUUCAAGAUUUUCUGAUGAACCACCAAAGCCGUCAUCAUCCAGCAGUGUAGAUGCAAACCAACCACCCAAAGAUGAUCCUUUUAAGAAACCUUUGCCACCAAAGAAUAAUGCAUUGAGCAUGGUUGCAGCAUUGAAUAAGAUGAUGGAUGAAGAUGAAGAAACUAAGUCAGAAGCUCCAAAAGAAAUAAAAGAGGGAAGAGAACCACUUCUUGGUCCAAGACCUUUGACAGCCAGAGAAGUUACUGGGCUGGCAUUACGGGCACAAUCUGCUGGUCUUUUAAAUCAGCCUUUGCAGCAAGUUGCUCCUGUUCCAGGAGUUCGGUUCGGGGUACCAGGUGUCAGAAUGUUGCACCCAAUGGUAGCAGUUCGUGGACAACCAAUAUUCCAGCGUGGAAUACCUUCUAAUCUUUCAGUACGAAUGCCUGGAAUGGCUGUUACUCAGGUGCACAUACAAGGUGUUCCAUCCAGUACCCAUACAGCAAUACGGGGACUACCACCAGGUGUUCAAAUUCGAAGUCCAGUUCCUGGAAUGUUGCCUCCAGGAAUCAGACCACCAUUACCAGGAAUGCCUGGUCAUGAGCUAAUGGAUAGAAAUAUUGUCGAUAGGUCAAAGAUGGGUGAUGUCGAUGAUCGCAUAAAUGACGUUGAUCAAAGAGACGCCCAUAGCCACAGACUUGCUCAUCAAGACGACCGAUGGCAAGCAGAUAGUGGAGGAGAUAGAUAUGGUAAAAUAAAACAAGGCCCUCCUGGACAGGACCAAGAUUGGAGAGCAGCUGAUAGGGAUUGGCGUGGACCACAACCUAUGGGUCCAGGACCAGAAAUGAGAGGUCCAGGAGAAUCAGAAAUGAGAGGUCCAGGAGUACCAGAAUUGAGAGGCCCAGGAGGACCAGAAAUGAGAGGUCCUGGCGGACCAGAAAGGAGAGGUCCUGGUGGACCAGAAAGGAGAGGUCCUGGCGGACCAGAAAUGAGAGGUCCCGGCGGACCAGAAAUGAGAGGUCCCGGCGGACCAGAAAUGAGAGUUCCUGGCGGACUAGAUAUGAGAGGUCCUGGUGGACCAGAUAGAAGAGGUCCAGGAGGAUUAGAAAUGAGAGGUCCUGGUGGACCUGAAAGGAGAAGUUCAAGGGAGGGAGGUUGGCCUCAAAGAGAUGAGCCUCGCAGACCAUGGUCAGAACAUGAUCCUCAACAUGAUCGAUUCAGGGAACAGGACCAGCGUCGAGAUUCAGGUAGAUGGCGGGAUUCAGAGAGAGACUGGAGGCAAUCUGAUCAGGAUUGGAGAGAAAAAGACAAAGAUUGGAGGGACAGGGAGUCCCGAGGAAGAGGUGAUAGAGAUAAAAACAAAGAUGAAAGAGAGCGUGGUAAAGACAGAGAUCGUGAUAGAGACAGAGACCGAGAUAGAGACAGGGAUCGUGAUAGGUCCAGAAGAGAUCAAGAUAGAGAACGUGGUCGUAGAGGAAGGAGUGAUCAAGAUCGAGAUCAUCGAGAUAGAGCUAGAGACAGACCAAGAAAGAGUCGAUGGGGUCCUUCAGAAGAAGAGUCUACUGUUUCACAAACUUCUGAUGUCCCAUCUGCUGAUGCAAGCCAACCAAAUAAGAAAAAUGCUGCUGCACCUACUUCUGAAGUAAAACCAAAAUUGGAGGUACCAUCACAAGGAGAAGCAGAAAUUCCAAAACAGGAAAGACCGAAGCAGCCACAUACUAGUGCUGAUACCUCAAGACAGGAUGCUAAAGAACCUGAAAUACCAUCAGCUAUUGAAGCUGCUGUUCCAGCUGCCAUUACAAAUGCUGUUACAGCUCCUGUCAUUAAAGAGCCAGACACGGCUCCUGAGCAACUACCCUCAAUGCCAUCCAUUCAACCUGCUGUUCCUGAUGAACCAAAUAUUAAUGCGCAAAAGUUGCCUUCACAAGCAAGUGUUCCAAUUGAAACACAACCGGAAACAAUGAUGGAGCCAAGCAUUCCAUUGGAAAUUGAACCUGGUCUUCCAGAAGAACUUGGUAAUUUUGAGCCAAAAUCAGAACCCCUUCAGGAACCAGAUUUACCUAUUUUAAACGAAUUCCCAAAUGCCAUUGAAAAUGGAAAUCACCAUGCAGAAAAUUUAGAGCCUAGUGCAGUUGAUGCAUUACUGCCACAAGAUGGCGCUAAAAUGGACAAUGCUGGACAAGCAGAUGCAGCAUCUGAAAAUGUCACUAACGAAUCUGGUGUUGAGCCAUCGCAAUGAACUAGUAUUGUUAUUGAACAUACAUGCAAUCUUGUUGGUUGUAUCCAUACCCAUAUGAGUGCAAAUAAGUGUACAAACAGUAAACUAAGAGAAAAUAAUGUACAGAGCAAUUGAACAACUCAGUUGUUGGAUUUAAAAUAAAGUGAUUUGAUGAUCAUUACAUGUACCAAGGAACUUGUGUGCUUCAAUGAAAAACAAUAACAUAAUGAAUAUGUCUAAUACUGUACAUGAUUAAACUCAUAUCUUUGACUGUGAAUGUGACCUCUUAGGCUAUUCACUAAGCUUUCAUAAUUUUUCUUUCAUUGAUAAACAAUCAAUUUUAAAUUAAAUAUUAAGAAAAUUAAUAGAAAUUCACAGUUUAAGAUUUGAGUUAAAAGUGUUCAAUGCAACUUAAAAAUAUAUGUAUCUGUCCUUGUACCAACAACUGAGUUCCUCCAAUUGUACUUUAACCAGAUGUAUAAUUAUAAAUGAUUUUCUGAAUGGAUUCAUUUUUUAUGUGUGAAAAAUAAAUUUUUAUUUUUUGUAAAUGCUGAGUACACCUGGCACUUUUGGAAGUUGAUAUUGAGGUUAAAAAGUAGCAAUGCACUGGCCUAGGUAAAAGCAAAAAAACAAGGUUUGUCUACUAAAAAUGAAAAUAAAAAGUCUGAGGGUACCAUAUCCAGCCAUCUAAGUAUACCAUAUACAAAAACCUUUGUGCCUUGGUCCCAGCCAUGGUCUAGACCAAUCAACUGUGGAAGUCCCUCCCUGGGUCCCCUCUGUUUGCACAUGUCAUUAUUCUUGUUGGGAGGGUCUGUAUGUAAUUUAGUUUUAAAGGUGAUUUUUCUAGGUAUGUAUAUCAAUGUACAGUAAUUUAGAACACUGGUUGCUUUUGCCUAGGCCAGUUGUUGGUUGCUAUUCAUAGUUAAGCAUUUGCAUGCAGUUUGGACACCGCUAGCUAUAUAUAAAAUGAAGAGGAUCAAGACAAGUGAAGAAUGAAAGAAAAUGAAAAGUGACAUGUUGCAUUUGUAUAAGCCUCAAAUGGAGGCCAACAGGUUCUCAAAUCGAGACCGAAGACAAUCCUAUCGCAAAUAGCGAUUAUCUCGCAGCUGAGGAGAGGCGAUCGCAAAUUGUGAUCAAUUCAAAGAGAUGAGGGAUCCUAUCGCAAAUAGCGAUCAUCCCAGUUGAGGUGAGGGACAAUUGAUGUGGAAGAUGAAUGCAGGUUCUGUCCCAAAUGGGGACUUUGUUUUUUUUUUUUUUUUUUUAAUGAUAGUGAUGUAUUUGAUUUAUGUAUUUAAAGUGUACUCUAUUCAAAACUUGUAUAGUAUACAAAUAGUGGAUGUACUCGUUAAUGUAGAUAUCAAAAUGCCCUGCAUGGUGAAUGCCUCUGAAAUGAAGUAUGAAAUUCUAGUAUUCAAAUUUUGUCAAUUUGAAAUACCAACUUGGAUUUUUAAUAUGCAGAUUGCUUGUAACACAUGUAUUACUAAUACUGUAAAUCUGUAAAUGUAAUUUUUAAUUGGAGACAAAUGUAAUCGGCCACAUCUCUGCUAAAAAUUGUUUAAAUUCUUGUAUUUUGGUGUUUUGUUUAGUGGGCUUUACUUUUGUUUUCCAUCUCCAUUUAUUUUUGUCUCUUCUAGGCAAAUCAAAGGUGUUUACAUAAUGUUUACUAGAUGAAGAUGAACUGUUAAUUCAAUUAUUUUUUUUUGUGCAAAACCUGUUUCUGUUUAUCAAUGGCUGUAUUCGACUGGUCGUUCUUCGUUAAACCACGCCAGGCUGUGUAGCUAUUGCGAUGCAUGCUAGCGUAAUUAAGGCUU